AUGGCACCCUUACCACACCUGCUCAAUGCUAGAGCGCCAGAAGACGCUUCGGCUGCUCCAUCAUCGCUCUCGCCCGCCUCAGUCGCACUCAUCACCAUCGGCUCCCUCUUCCUCGCAGCAGCCCUCAUCGGCUCUGUCCUCCUCUAUCGCUGGCAUCAACUUCGUCGCCGUAGCGAGCGACACCUGCUCCCCCGCCACAAGUCCAACAGCUCAGCCGUACGCUUCUCCACCUCACCAGCAGUCAACCCAACAUGCUACAACGAAGAAGAUAUUGGCAACCUCGCCUCUUCUGCGUCCUUUGCAGUCGCUCCCUUGCCGAUCUCGCAGACACUAGGGCCGCUGGCCUCGGCGUAUUCCAAUGCUUCACUCAAUGGGGUCGCGCCAAGGCAGUAUCAUCAAGACGAGUGGCGAAGUAGCAUCAUUCCCCCACGUCAGGCGUCCAUCCAGUACGACCCACACUCGUCAUUCACGACCAACUGCCUGCGCGGCCUUACACAAGCGCUGGACCUACCACCAAGCGGCUCGGACCUUCAUCACAUCAAGAACACUCUGUCCACGAGUGAGCCUCCGUCUCUACCGACACCGUCACCAUAUCUACCCAUCUUACCAGCUAUGCAGCGCUCAACGUCAGCCUUCCUGUCGUCGACGAGCGAGAGCACGACAGCAACAAGAGAGGCGCUCAGCUCGCGACCAAGUGAUUCGAGUCUGGGCGGGCGGUCCUCAGCGGGAGAGACGGCUGCUACCUCUGUCAUGGCCCCCGAGGAUGCAGCGCAGCAUCAAGGCAAGCAGGCCGCUACUACAACCUCCGCAGCGACUGUACUGCAACCAACCUCCGCACAUCAGGUGGCUUCCGCGGCUCUCAUCCUCGAUGGGGAACCAGUCGACACGACCGCACCUUUCAUGUCCGACUUCCAUCACACCCUCUUGCCCUGCUCACCGCCCGGGGGUAACAAGCAACAAGGCGACGCUGUUGAUGGCGACCUCUCCACGCUCGAGUUGGUCGCCCUCUCGCAGCAAGCCCCACCAAAGGCAUCAGCAACCGUCAGUACAGCCGCCGCCCUCUCCAGUGUUGCCCGCGCGAGAAGACAACGGCGCAAGCAGCCGCCGACAUACCAGAAGUCACGCGAUAUCACUGCGAGCGUGAGUGCGAGCCAGAGCAUCAGCGCCAGCAUAGCGAGUCGGGGAGCCACCUCCUCCCCCUGGCUCGGCGACAGCACCAGCUUCGUGCAGGAGCAAUGGCGUGUAAGCACGCAGGACGAUUCGCACGACAGUCAGGACGCAGCUGCAGAUGGACAUGUACACAGGACUACCAGCGGAAGGCUUCCAAGCUUCGAGGCCUGCGGCCCGCUUCUCAUGGAGACGAAGCCACACAAGGACGAAGGUGCUGAGCCCUCCAUGGUGGAAGGGCGCCGUCCCUCCGGGCUGGGGAUCGUGACCAGCGACGAGGACGACUACGGCCAGGACGAUGGUGACAAUGACACUGAGGCAAGCCCAACGACAGCGCCCAGUCUGCAACGACGAGGCCAACGCCGGCAGCACAAGCGCACCAACACCAGCCCCAUCAUGCAGCACGGCAAGUGGGCCUCUUCCCUAUCCGGUACACCACAGGACGCGAUCGCCAGGACGAAAGCAGCAGCUUCCCCAGCCUCCAGCUACCCUCUUCCCUCACCUCCACCACCCAUCCCCACAAUCGUAGCGCUUUCGCCAGCAGCUCUUCGUGGGGACAAGGAUCGGAGCUACUCCCGUCCAUCGUCCUUUGCCGUCCAGCGGGAUCUGCAAUCUCCGCUCGACCUGCUUAACCAGCUCGGCUCGCCGUGGGAUGAACAGCUGGCUCGAUUCCCAGGCCCCCCGGUAGCUGUGAAGGAGAAGGGACGAUUGCCCGCUUCUUCGAGUUUGCCUAUUGAGGAGAGGGGGCAUGGAGAUGUGCUUAGCUGGAGGAAGACAGUGACGCCGUAUCUCGACGAGCUUGACGGCGACGCAGGGGUACAGUGGAGCAAUCCCGCUCCUCUUUCACCACGCAGCACUUCACCCUCCCUCAGCCCGUCCAUCUCUCGUUCACCCUCACCGCCGGCAGCACCGACUGUUCCCCUCUCCCCCUCAUUCCGUCUCAGGCCACUCAGCCUUUGCGCCGUCACCUCCCUCGCCUUACCGUCGGGCAGCGUGGUUGGACCUGGUGCCCCCUCUGCGGCCACAGCGGCGAACAUACCGUACACGGUGACGAGAAGGAUCAGCGCCGAUGUCGCAGCAAAGAGGAGCAGCUUCAUGUACCACGGGUCAUCCUCGUCGCGACCUCCUGUAGGCGCGAGCGGGGUGGUGGUCAGAUGA